AACAGCGCACAACAAUGCGAAUACAUCUUUCUGGUUACAGCACAAAUUUCACUACGAUCACGGCUCUGGUCAACGACAAGCAUCUAAUCCACAAAUCCCACUGCUGAAAGCGAAGCUUGCUCGAUACUCUGACGAGGAGCUGGAUGAAUACCGACAGGUGUUUAAUAUGUUCGAUACAGACGGGAGUGGAGCAAUUGGUAUCGAUGAGCUAGAAAGUGCGAUGCGUAAUUUGGGUUUGGAACCUCAAAAGAAUGAACUUGAACAAAUUAUUGAGGAAGUAGAUCAGAUGGGAAAUCACGAAAUUGACUUUCAUGAAUUCUGUGAUGUGAUGAAGCGUAUGAACGAUAAAAAGAAUAGCUGGAAUGAUGUGGUGCGGGAAUGUUUUGCUGUUUUCGACAGGGGUGAGGUCGGAUCCGUGUCUAAGAAAGAUUUCCAAUAUAUCCUUGGUGAGCUAGGUGAUAUUCGUGAUAAAGCAAUUGUGGAUGAGAUUUUCGCAGAAGCAGAUGUGGAUGGCGAUGGUGUACUGGAUUACGAUGAAUUUACAUUCAUGGUGCGAAAUUACAUGUUGGACGAAGAUCUUGCUACCUGCAAAUGUCCGUGA